AUGUUGCUUGAACAGCUGGUUGCGGGUUCGUUCUUGGGCGGUGCCGUGCUCGCAAGUAGCCAGGCGUCCCCCAAUAAGUAUGUCCAGAUGGGGUUCCAUAAGAGCCGGAGUUUCUCGAGCGGGGGGGACUCCCUUGCGAGGAGGGCCGACGAUUACUUGUCUGUGGAUGUAGAGAACCAGCAGCUGUACUACUCGGUAGAGUUGUAUGUGGGGACUCCGCCGCAGAAUGUCUCCGUGCUCAUUGACACUGGGUCCUCGGAUCUGUGGCUGACUUCCCCUGACAACCCAUACUGUAUUGGUUUUAAACAGCCCGGUAGUGCGAAAUUCGCCCUGGAGGAGAAGGAGGCUGCCAAUGCUACUGUGUUGACCGCUCAGAACGCCGAGGGUCCCACAAGGUCCAGUAAAGCGGCGAAGGCCACGGGGGGGCACUUGGACCAGUUCGAUUGUGCUCUGCUGGGGACUUUCAACAACAGUGAGUCCUCGUCCUUCAAGAGUAACAACACGGAUUUCUUGACGGGGUAUGCGGAUAACACUUUCGCUUCUGGGUUCUGGGGGACCGAUGUCGUCCGAAUCGGCGACGUCGAUGUCUCGGAUGUGUCCCUUGCCGUGGUCAACUUGACUAACUCGACAAGUCCAGUGUUGGGGAUAGGGAUGCCCGUGCUUGAAUCUUCCAACGCGGGGCGUCUUGCCGCGGAGACAAACUCAAGUUACGAGUACGAUAACUUCCCCGUGCAAUUGAAGAACAAAGGUGUCAUUGAGAAAAUCGCUUACUCUCUGUUCCUGAACGAUUCAGACGCCACAGAAGGGUCCGUGCUGUUCGGUGCUGUAGACCACUCGAAGUACGAAAAUGGCCUGUUCACAGUGCCCAUGGUCAACACUUACAAGGACCAAGGGGUCCAACACCCAAUUGAGUUCUACGUGACCAUGUACGGGCUGGGUUUCAAGAAGGAUGGGUUCUUGAACACAAUCACGACUACAAAUUUCCCCGUCCUUUUGGACUCAGGGAGUACAACUUCGUACCUACCAGACACCUUGGUCAGUAUGCUGGCAAGCGCACUGAACGCCACGUUUAGUGAGAAGAUCAACGGAUACACUUUGAAAUGCCCCUCGGAGGAGGACGCCACAUUUCUCUCUUUCGACCUGGGUGGAUUCCUUAUCGACGUGCCACUAAGUGACUUGGUCGCAAAACGCCACAAGAACCAGUGUGUACUGAUGGUUAAAGGUCAGGGAGAGGGGGAAGGUGGGUAUAUCUUGGGUGACACUUUCCUAUCGAGUGCAUACGUAGUGUACGACCUGGAAUCCUACGAGAUCUCAAUCGGCCAGGCCAGUACGGGGGACGCGGCGGAGGAUAUCGAGGUCAUCAAGAGUACCGUCCCAGGUGCAGUCAGGGCACCUUUCUACGACAGACCUUGGACCGGCGGUACUGUCAUUUCUAUGAGCGGUAACAUUUCCACGGGCCCAAUAAAUGGUUCAUACAACGGUAUGGGUGCCACAAAGCCCAGAAACAGCUCGUCAAGCACAACUCUGUCUGGGAACGUGAGGAAGAAUAUCGGUGUUGCCUCUGCAGGUAUGCCCUCCUUGGUAACUGCCAUUCUUGCCCUCAUCAUGUCCUUCCUGCUAUGA